AUGGAGGCACCCAGUAGCCCGACCACUCUGCGCGCGUCUUCCCCUCUCUCAGAUGCUUCGACACACUUCUCUCAUCCUGCUGCUGUUCUUAAAUCAUCCUCGGCUUCUCUUGGAUCGCACACUUCAGUCUCUUCUCCCUCCCUCAAGAAAGGCUCUCGUAUGUCCAGUACAACCGCACCAGUCUCCAAUCCUGGCAAUAUUGUCAUUCCAAGUAAUUCGACUGCCGUACAGCCAAACCGCAAGAGAAAGAAGGAGGAGGACGAGAAUCAAACUAUUGUCGAGCCCGACGUCUUGUCUAGGCCGAAGAACAAGAAAAGACAAAUCAAGAGCAACAUCGUCAAGUCUAACGAGAAGCUACAGCGCAGAAAGCAUCGAAAUAUCGAGGUAUCAGGCGACAUCCCUGCAGAAAGUCAACCAGCGUUGAACGCGCCACGCGAAGAUCCACCCCGGCAUAUCCCUAUUUGUAGUCAAGACAUCGCUGGCUUCGCCUGUCCACUCUGCCAGCCAAUGCGAUCCAACGAGAGUCUUCAUAAUGUCCUUGAUGACCAUGAUGUAAAAGUGGCAACUCCAACGCUCAGAUAUUACCUCUCUUUGACGGAGUGCUCUUAUCCUCCUGGCGACUAUCAUGAGCCGGACCCUGUCCCAAGCACCCAGUCCAUGAGCGUGGAGAUCAAUGUGGCCGGCGACUGGGUUCGCGACACCGAUGACAUCAGCAAGGAGAGCAAUUCUACCAGCGACUGUCUUAUUCUUGAUGGCCAUAAAUUCGCUCUCGAUGGCAUGUAUCUUGGUGAUGGUCCAUUCUACCCAACAUGGCCAGCAGAUGGUGGUGAGUGGAGAGAGCGGCACGGAGGAUUGCUGCUGAGUAGUAAGGGUAGCUGGGUGGACAAGCACGGCGAGUUACUCAAUAUGACAGAGGAAGACUGGCGCACCUAUGAACCCGAUGCCGACCACUGGUGUUUGUUCCCAUCUGACGACACUGAAGAUUAG